ACAUCAGUAAGGAACAACCUGUAGAGAUAGCAGCACAAUAGAAAACCCUUCAGUAACCUCAGUGAUUAUUUAUUUACUUAUGUAGGACUACUUGGAAGGGUUUUGACAAGCAAGUUUUUCUUCGUAAAACUUGUUAUUUAAAUAUAAAUUUAAUAACAAGUUAUAAAGGUACUAAUAAUAAUAAAGUCAUAAAGGUGUUUGUGCAGUUUUCAUCCAUAUUUAAAACUUGAUUGUCCUACUUUUUAUUAAAGUUGCUUAAUUAUUGUUAUCUAAAAGGAUUCGUCUCUCAGGUUAAAUCUGUUUUGUCAUACUGGUUGAAUUGGUACUGCUAUGGCACAUCACUUCAGGGAGGAAGACAUUGAUGAAUUCAGAGAAUGUUUUUUCUUAUUUGCUCCAAAUGGUCACAUACGAACAUUAGAUGAAUUGACUGUUAUAAUGAGAUCUUUAGGCAUGAGUCCUACAAUUGCAGAAUUGAAAGGUUAUUUGAAAGAAAAAGGUGGUAAAAUGUCAUUUCCUGAUUUCCUGAAGGUUAUGCACAGCCAUUCCAGAGUUGAAGAUUUACCUCGAGAGAUCGUUGAUGGUUUUAAAGCUGGAGAUACUGCAAAAACAGGCACUGUUUCUGCUUCCCACUUGAAGCACAUGUUGUUACAUUGGGGUGAACAGUUGAGUGCCAAAGAAGUUGAGCAGAUAUUCAGAGAAGCUAAUGUAACUCCUGGAUCAAUGGUAAAUUAUGAAGAUUUUGUGAAAAUUGCCUGUGCUCCAGUUCCUGAUUAUUAUUAAUUGAAGAAUUUCAAUUUGAACAAAAAUUCAAUUCAGGGAAAGGUUGUGGUUUACAUAUUUAUAAAUUAUUUUAUCAUGAUUAAAGUAUUAAAAUGUUAACUUAUUACAAAAUAUAAAUUUUAUUUUUAAGAUA